UAUUAUUAUUUUUUACAUGGCGGCCAAUCACAAGCUCCUGUAGAGAUGGUGUUUCAUAAAGAUCCUCUUGGGAUAAUCGUCUUCCUUUCUGUGCAUCUCCUCCUCCUCUACGGGGAUAUUGUUGUCGUUUACUAUGUCAUUGAAUAUGGCGGAGAACACGAAGGAUCUGGUCGUACAGUAAUGGCUCUUUUUGUUCAUUUAUUCUACAUUAUGGCUGCUUUCUCUCAUUUGAGGGCUGCAUUUUCUAAUCCAGGAUAUGUACCACAGUCGAGAAUAAAAAUUGAUUUUUCGUCUGAUAUUGAGCAAGGAAAGAAGAAAAGGAAGAAGGAGUUGCCUAGUUUUGAUGAGUGGACAGUUUGUACGAAAUGUGAAACCUAUCGACCGCCAAGAUCCCACCACUGCAGGAUUUGUGGACGCUGCGUGAGACGAAUGGAUCACCACUGUCCAUGGAUUAAUAAUUGUGUUGGUGAACUCAAUUUUAAAUAUUUUUAUUUAUUUCUAGUAUACACUGAUUUACUAUGCUGCUAUGCUUUCAUACUGGUACUGUGGGAUUGGGUUUCAAACUGGCACAAGGAGGUGGAGCAGGGGAAACUGGAUCGGAUCUUAACUCUCAUCGUGUUUUUCGAGAUUAUGAUUUUUGGUGUCUUUCUCGGAGGAAUGAUAUUUGCACAAACACUAGCAGUAUUGUGUAAUCGUAAUGCCAUUGAGAUCAGAAGAUACGGUCGGCCCAUGUCAUUCCCAAGUGUCUCAAAGAUUAGUCUUAUCACUGGCGUAUGUGGGAGAGGUUCGAAGAUCUGUUGGAUAGUUCCAUGUGUCACUGCUCACAUUCCCGAGCCCAUUCCGCCGUCUGAUAAAUUCACAGACAUUAACCAAUUUAUAUAAGAGGGAGGGAGAAACGAGAAGAUAUUUUUUAUAUUAAUGAAUUAUAAUUAAUAGUUAUAAUAAUAAUGAUUGCAGUUUCUAUUAAUACUAAUUCUUCCUCAA